AUGUCAGACAGCCAGGACCGUGCGCCGGAGGGGACGGGCGGCAACGAAGAGGAGAGUGAUGGGGAAGGGAAGGGGGUGAGUGCAGUGGGAGGCGCCCGGCACCCCACCACCUGUCCAGUCUGCGGCCGAGGCUUCGCCACAGCCUCCAGCCUGCAUCGGCACCAGCGGGUGCACACGGGCGAGCGGCCCUUCUCCUGCCCUGACUGCGGCCGGGGCUUCGCGCAGUCCUCCACCCUGCAGAGGCACCAGCGGGUCCACUCCGACGAGCGGCCCUUCCCCUGCCCCGACUGCUCCAAGCGCUUCAAGGGCCCCCAGAACCUGCGCGUCCACCGGCGGACCCACUCCGGCCAGCGCCCCUUCCUCUGCUCCGUAUGCGGCAAGGGCUUCGUCCAGUCCUACAACCUGCUGGCCCACCAGCGGCUCCACACCGCCCGCAACCUCUGCACCUGCCCUGUCUGCGGACAAUCCUUCUCCCGGCCCGCCGAGCUGCUCGACCACCACAGGCUUCACCCUGCAAUCUAG